GCGUUGUACAUGUAUAAUAUAAAAAGCUUUAAAAGAAUAAACAAUACAUCAUAUACAUGCAAACACACUCUACAUAUACUAACCUAAAAACAUGUACAUUAAAACUGUCUAAAAAAAAUGUGAAACAUGGGAAACAUCUACAAGAGAUAUACAGAAGAAAAAGACAACUUAAUGAUAAAUGUAAUUAACUCGUAUUUCUAAACCGGGCAUUCCUUGUAUCUUUGAUUUAAGGUAGUACUCUACAUCGUCAUAAUGGCUGACUUCCUUUAAAAACAUGGAUGACAAAAUCGAUAUCAGCAAUAUUUGACUUUUCCUUUUCCAUUUAAAUACGUAGCCGAGUAGCUCAGUAGGUUAGAAUACCGACUGCUGAACUGUAGGUUGCAGGUUCGAGUCCAGCAAGGGUUUUAAAUUUUUUUCAGAUUACCUUCUACUAAAACUGUAUUUUUUGACAAAAUAAAGUAAAUUUGAAAAUUUUCAAAUUCAAAAUAUUUUUGUACAUAUCCUACACUUUUUAUCUACAUCAAAUUUCUCUGGUGUAGCAUAACUCCUUAACACAAUUCAGCCGAAAAAUAGACUGACUACCGAUCACCAAGAGCAGCUCUAUACGUAUAGAUACAAGGAAUGUCCGGUUUAGAAACACAAGGUAAUUAUAUAAAUGUAAACGAUGUAUAUAACAUAGACAUACUACAUAUAUAUAUAUAUGAAUAAGUAUGGAUUGUGCGACAUUGUAGCCGGAUCACUAUGUUAUAUACAUCAUACAUUUAUAUACAUCAUAUAAAUGUAGUAUAUCCUUAUUCUAUAUAUGCCAUCAUGUACAUUAUUUAAUGUCCCUCUCGAGAAUUUUUCACUCAUGGAUGUGGAGACGUCACCAUGGCAUUGCCGGUGGAGGGGUGCAAAACUUAUGAGCACUGAGCGGGACGGUUAUUUAUUGUGCCACACCUGCUGUGACAUGGGGCCUCGGUUUUUGUGGUCUCACCCGAAGGACCGCCCCAUUUAGUCGCUUCUUACAUGUACAUCAGUAUGGUAUAUUAUAUUGUUAUCAUUUCAUUGUAUAAUCUGUUGUAGUAUGAUAUACUUUAUACAUGCACCUAUUAACUGUAUGGUUCUUGGUCAAUAAACAAUACAAUACAAUACGACAAACAAAGAGGUAGUGAAGACCUAUUCUAAUCCGGAUCAAGCAAUGGUAACAUCUCCUUGUAAAUCUAUAAACAAACAUAAUAUAUUGGCGAAGGGGUUUCAUUUUUAAAAUGAGUACAUGAUUCACGAUUUCCCCCAAAAUUUUGUUUUUCACUUUUGAUGAUCAAAAUCUACUGUCUUUUGUGUUUGAAAUAUUUCACAUGAAAAUUAAGGUUAUAUAUUAUCACAGAAGCUCAUUUUAGAGAGUUUAUUAUUUGUUUUGUAAACAAAGAUUGCGGUAUGCUAUUGUUUACAAAAUUUUCAAAAGAAAUGGAUAUCGAUCAAGUUUAUUAAACCUUUCACAUUUCAAGCAUUUUUGGGGUAAAAUGUGUCAUCUAAAAGUUAAAAUUUGUGACUAUGCAAAAUUAAGAUGCAUUAUAUUACAAAAUCAAUAUUUCACGUGUUUGUUUACAUAAAAAGACUCGAGUCUUUGUUUACAUAACACAGAUUUAAGGCUAAAAUAUUGCUUUUAUUCUGGCAUUCAGAAGGUCAAAAUUUUGGCUGUCAACAUUAAAUGAGUUAUUUUUUUAAUGUUUAACAUCAAAAAUGAAAAAUAUUUUUAACAAAAAUCGUGAACCAGUCCCUUUAAAGACGGUAUUCUUUCAAAUUGCUGACAUAUUUGUGCAAAGUUCCUAUGAUGUAAUAAAUGAAAUAGGUACACUUAGCGUUUAUAAGAUGCGCUAUAUGAUAUAUGUAUAGUUCUAGCUUGCGGCUGGUUCCGAUAGGAACUGUAGUGUGUGUAUAGAGGAAGGAGGAUCGAUAACACACACGUUGGUCUCUGAGAACACGAUACACACUCAGCAUGGGUGUUAAAUUGAGGCAGACGCGCAGCCAAAUAAACGGUACGAAAAAUCCAUCUACAUGACAGUUGUAUUGUAUAACGAGGUAGUGCCGUGUGAUGUUCAGUACGAUACACAACAAUACAUUGAACGCUGGCGUCGGAUUGAGGUCACGGAACACUGGCUUCCUGGUCCUUGAGGACAUCAGCUCCGUCAUUCGGCCUAACGUGUGAUUAUCAACAACAAGGACUCGAUGUUUCGUAAGGUUAUGGCUGGUCUGUAAAUGUAUCAACCCUGAGCAGAUGUUUCAUUUUACCAUUUGUUGCUAAACUGACGUGGGACCAUGUCGAAUGCUGAAUGCUUCGAUAACACUAUAUUCGAACCAGCUUUAGGGACAAAUAACCACAGGUUCACUGAUCGAGUGGGAAAUAAUGUUAUACCACAAUGGCAACAGGUGACGUUGUCAUGGCAUGACGUCACUGUAACUUCCAUACCCAGGUGCAUGCGAAGAAAAGGGGAAUCUCCUAAUAAAAACAUUCUGAAUAAAGUCUGUGGAGUAAUUAAGCCGGGAAAAUUGGUAGCCAUUAUGGGAGCAAGUGGCGCCGGAAAAACAACACUGAUGAAUGUCUUGACUUUCCGAAACAUCCGCUCUUUGUCCGUGUCGGGGGACGUAAAAGUCAAUAACAGAGUUGUGGACAGAGAAGAAAUAAACAACGUAUCCGCUUAUUUACAACAAGAGGAUCUAUUUUUAGGAACAAUGACCGUUCGGGAACACCUUACAUUCAAGAGCUGUUUACAAGUGAAUGCAGAUACGAAAGCUAGACAAAGGAAGGUGGACCUAGUCAUUGCUGAGCUAGGUUUGACAAAAUGCGCCGACUCCAUGAUAGGCAUUCCCUUUUCCAAUCAAAGAAUAUCUGGAGGCGAGAAAAAACGACUUGCGUUUGCUUCAGAGUUGCUUAUGAACCCACCACUGAUGUUCUGUGAUGAACCUACUUCCGGUCUAGAUUCCUUCAUGGCAACAAGCGUCAUCCAAAGCCUAAAGAUGUUGGCUCACAAAGGUCACACAAUAAUGUGUACCAUCCACCAGCCCUCCUCUGAAGUAUUCGCCCUCUUUGAUGAGAUUUACCUAUUGGCAGAAGGACAUUGUGUAUUUAGGGGCUACACGAUGCAUGCUUUGGACUUUUUUAAACAACAUGGGUACCCUUGUCCAGUGAACUAUAACCCCGCCGACCAUUUUAUAUUAACACUGGCGACGAUCCCCGGACACGAACGGGCAUGUCAUGCAAAACUUCACAAAUUGCGCUGUGAAUUUGAAAAAUCUCAGACAUUGCAACUGGAAAACGGAAAACACGAUUCAGCACCUCCCACGAUUACAAGCAAUGGAUUGUCCUCUUCGAAAACCAAAUCUGAGAAUGGCAUACUGAGUGUAGAAAUCAUAAAGCAUAAAGAGACUUUGCCAAGAUAUGAGGCGCCCUUUUUUAAGCAGUUAAGGUACCUGUUAUGGAGGAGUUGGAUCAACAACAUUCGCAACCCUAACAUGGUCAUCAUUAAAUGUGCUCAGGCGAUAGUAUUUGCUGUUAUUUUGGGAUUGUUUUACCUGAAGACAGAUAAUAAAUACCAACAAGAUGACAUAAUGAACAUCAAUGGGUGCAUUUUCUUCGCUAUAGUGUCACUGAGCUUAGAUAGCAUUCUGCCUAUUUUAAAUGUCUUUCCAUGUGAAGUCCCUGUAUUUGUCAGGGAAUACGGGGGUAAAAUGUACAGGUUGGAUGUCUACUAUCUCAGCAAAAUCAUAGUGGAGAUCCCUUUCCUGAUGAUUAGCCCCGCCAUUUUUAUAACCAUUUUGUACUGGAUGAGUGGUUUUGUGUAUGGACUGAGUGAAUACUUCAGGGCUCUAGGAAUAAGCAUUCUGGUUGCAAACACAGCAGCAGGAUUUGGUUAUGUGAUUUCCGCUGGAGCCCCGUCUAUCACAGCUGCACUAGCCCUAGCUCCUUUGUUAAUCAUGCCGCUGAUGAUGAAUGGAGGAUUUUUCUUAAAUAGUAGGACGGUGCCAGAUUACUUCCUGUGGUUGAAAUACGCUUCAUGGUUCAUGUAUAGCAAUGAGUUAAUGAUCGUAAACCAGUGGACCAGUGUUCCUCAUAUAGGGUGUACUAACAACGGUACAUGCAUUCCAAAUGGAAACUUAGUCAUUAAAAGUUUAGGGUAUUCUAAGGACAACGAAGUCAUGGACUGGCUAUGUUUAGCUGGGCUAACUAUCGCCUUUAGAGUACUUUCAUUUAUAAUUCUAUUAAUCAAAGCAAAAUUAUCUAUGUGAAUAAAUGUUUUUAAAUUGCGUUUUAUUUUGAUUAAAAUAAAAUAAAGAUGAAAA